AUGAUUGGGCCAGAGAGAAGUGAAGAGUGGCUGAGGAUAGUCAGUGCUGCUCAGAGUCAGACGACACUGGAAGCUAAACUGGGGGCCCUGCAGUGCCACUUCACCUGGGACCUGUACAAACUGUUCCAUCUCAGGGACACGUUGGAGGACAUCGGCACCAAGGAAGGGACCAGCUGGUUGGGUCACAUUUACAACCUGCAGUGGUACAUUCACUACCAGCUGAGCUCCACUUAAGACGCCCGGUGUUUCUUCAGCAGGGCCACAGAGGCCUUCCACCAUAUAAGAAACACCAUCUCAGAUGAAGGCCCCUGGUUGGUGGUGAACUACGGGAACCUGGCUUGGCUGCACCACCACCUGGGAGAGGAAGAAAAGAGUCAGACUUACCUGUCAAAGGUCGACGCCCUGCUGAACAAAUACCCAACUCCAUCCCAGGACAAGCUCCAUCUGGAGAUCUUGAAAAAGCCAUGGACCCCGAUGAAGUUCAACAGAGACAAAAAACUGCUGGCUGCAGAUUACUUCCAGAGAGCCAUCAGGAUGCAGCCAGAUGUUGUGGAGUGGCACACCAGCCGCGUCAUAGCGUUAGCGAAUGCUUAUAAGCACUACAACAAACCACUGGAAGAAGACAUUUUGGAGAAAAUGAAAAUCGCCAAAGAACACGAUCCAGAGAACUUGUACCUUGUUGCUCUGUACCUUCAGGCAAGGAAAGGAAGAAGAAUUGAAGAUGAAGUAUGUGAGUUGGCAAAAAGGGUGUUGAGAAAGCCUGUAAGCAGCUACAGAUGUAUAACACCAUUACUAAUGCUGUACAGAAUCUAUGUAUCUAUGGAUGAGGCUAUUGAUUUGGUAGAGGAGGCCCUGGAAAGACAUCCAGAUGAACGUUAUCUGAAGUGGCGUGCUGCAGUGUAA